AUGGGUGGUGGGUGCUUAUCCAAUUGUGCUGUCAAGUCGGUAGGUGAUAUCGAUACCUCCACCGGCUCUGUAAGCUACAAACAAAUCAGCAUUGUAAAGAGACCUGCCAAACUGUGCAGAUACCUUUUCUGCCAACCUCUCCAUCAACACGGAAGGAACAGAAGUGGCCAUGAGGGAGAAAAACAAUACAGAGGUGAAAGCAGAGGGAGAAAUAAAAUAACCUACUUUUCCAUAGCGAAGUGUGGGAGUAGGCGUUACUACUACAAGGGAGGUUACUAUGAAGGAAAGGUUGGGUCCAUUUUUGCAUUUCACGAGGGGUGUGCAGGGGACAGGGGGGGCAUGAGGAAGCAGGAAGUUGGGGCUUCCCAGCGGGGUGAAGAAAACGAACUGCCGGGGGGGGGAAGUGACGUGGAGGAGGCGAGCAAGCGAGGGGGCGCACCACACCUGAGUGGAACAAACCAUACAAAUGGAACGCCCCGCGCAGAUGGAACAAACCAUGCAAAUGGAACGCCCCACACAGAUGGAACGCCCCACACAGAUGGAGCGCCCCACCCGAACGAGGAAAAGCUGGCCCAGGCAAUGCAACGAGCGGAGAAAUACAUCAAGGGGAAAGAGGACGACUUACUGGAAAGGAGAGAAGCGCAGAAGAAGAAAAAAGUGAUCGACAAAUUAAAAGGGCAGGAGGAUGUCUUCACGGAUAAGUUCCUAGACCUUGGCAUGUAUGACGUGUUGAAGCACGUGUACGAGGGGGGUCUGUACGCGGACUCGAGGAGCUUGGUGGAGGCCGUGUGCGGGUGGAUGAGGAGGGCCUACACGGGGGGAGCGGCGGAGGGGGAGCGGGCAAAUGAGGAGCGGUCCAAGGGGGAGCAGUCCAAGGAGGAGCGGGCAAAGGAGAGGAGUUCACCCCGCGUGGAUAGCUCCCCCAGCGUGGAUGGUACACCUCGUGUGGACAGCUCCGGCGAGGCGGCCUACCUCGUGGAGAAGGACCUCGCGGACAACUACAGCCCAAACGGGGGAGAAAAAAUUGUGAACCAUUUCCGAUUGGACCCCCCAGGAGAGAAAAAGGAAAGUGCAGAGAUGGAAGCGCUGAAGCUGUACAACAAAAAGAAUUUAAAAAAAUAUUUUUUGUCCCUGAACAGAGGGAACAUCCUAAAACAGCUGGUGAUCGAAGGAGAGGAUGAAAUUUUGGGAGCUACGAAAGAGUCCCGCCAAAAAAGUGAAGAUACAAAAAAGGGAUCAAACGAACAAGUAAAAAAAGUUGCAUCCUCCAAUAGCAUCUUAAAUUGUGAUUUGGAUUCCUAUGUAGAUAGGGACAGAUACUUACAGUCCAAUGUCACCAUCGAGUUCAACAUAUACGAUACGUUUAACGAUCGAGUGAUUCUGAAUAAUAAAAACACAAACUCAACUAUGCUGGAAUUUCCUCUCAUGUACAGUCACCAUAUUAUACAGAAAUGUAUUUUGACAAUGAAGAAAUUGGAGAAGGCAAUUUUUUACAUUAACAAUAAUUUUUUGUUUGGUGUUUUUUCUCCUCAUGAGGAGGAACGAAUGAAUGAUGAGGACAGACGUGUGUAUGAUGUGAUAACUAAUGAGAGUUGGGUGAAGAUGGAGAUUUACCUGUGCAAUAUCUAUAGGAUGGAUGAGAAGUGGUUGGGUAUCACUCCGGAGACGUUUGCUGAUGAGGCUACGGCGAGCAGCUUUCUGCAGUCCUACUCGGGGGGAACGAUGGGCAACUUGGUUUGCAAGCCGGAGGGGGGACAGGCUGCCGCCACAGGGCAAGUGGGAGAAUUUCCUGCCACGUUGAGCGCGGAGCGGGCUGACACUUUGAACGCGGAGCGGGCUGCCACGUUGAGCGAGGACCGGACUGCCACAUCGAAUGAGGACCAGACUGUCACAUCCAACGAGGAUGCCCCCCUCGGUGAUAGCGCUGCUACUGCUGCUACCGCUGAUACGGGUGAUGCCGCUCACACGGGUGCCUCCGGCCAACGCAGGGCAGAAAUAGAGCGGAGGCGAGAGGAGUACGAAUCGAAGAAGGACAUCGCAAUCAAGAGUGAGUUCCUAAUGAAGAAAUUGGAAAAAGAAAUGAAGUACGACCCGAAUCACUACAUGUGGAGAGACCUCUACCCACAGCUAGAUGACCGAGGAAAGGAGAGAACAGAAAAAUAUUUUAAAAACUUCCAAAAGGAAAUGAGCGAAAAUAAAUGUAGCCGCGGUUACACGGAUAACAUAAAAAAGAAGCAACAAUUAAAAGGCUAUGACAUCGGAGAGAAAAUCGAAGGGAGAGCAAAAUAUUAUCUGUGGCAAGAGACAAUUCACUCGUUCGUUUUGUAUUUCCCACUUCGAUCAUACGUGACGAAAAAUGAUAUUAACAUCGAUGUGGACAAUACAUUUUUUUUUCUUUCAAUAAGUGGACAUACCAUUGUAAAGGAUUUUUUCAACAAACCAGUUAAUGCUGCCGACUCCAUUUGGUCCCUCACGGACAAGGAAGAAGACGUCGUAGUAGGAAGUAUCUCCACACAAAAGGGACAUGAAAAAACAAGUCGAGAUGAAUUCCCCCUCUUGGAAAUUACCCAUAUGGAUGAUUCAGAGAUUCACAAAAUGAUGAAACAAAAAUAUUGCCUCAUGUACAACAUUUACAAGGACAACAAUCACAGGUACAUGUGGGGGUCUAUAUUUAAGACGUCCUGA